AUGCGUGUUCUGAUCAUCGGCGGCGGAUUUGGCGGCCUCUGCCUAGCGAACGGCCUGCAACAAGAGCCAGGCAUCGAAGUCCAAGUGUUUGAGAGGCACGAGGAUCCCAGACACGAGCUCGCCGGCUACGGGAUUCACGUUGGCUCCGACGGCAAGCGGGCACUACAGCGCUGUCUAGACCGGGAGAGCUGGGACCGUUUCCUGGCUGCAUCGACCCCAGCGGGUGCCCAGUGGGCGUUCCGGGACACGCAACUGCGCCUGCUAGCCUUGCGGGACGAUGCGAGAAUUUCAGGCAAACCGGAGAGCGAGGUCGAGAGAAGAGCCGCGCACCGGGCGGAAUUCCGAGAUAUCCUGCUAAAAGGCCUGGCUCGUCGAAGCGACGGGACCGUCAUGGUACACUGGGGCAAAUCCUUCACGCACUAUGAGCACCUCGACGGCGGACGAGUUCGCGCUCACUUCGCCGACACGACGAGUGCCGAGGGCGACAUCCUCAUUGGAGCGGACGGCAGCAAAUCCAAGGUCCGCGAGCAACGACUCCCGGACCUGUGCCGAGAAGAGCUCGGCGUCGUCAUCAUUUGCGGACGGUACCAAUUGGACGAGCAACGCGUGCAGAACUUACCGACGCUCAUGACAGACGGUUCACUGAACAACAUCAUCCCGUCCGGCAAAGGCUGGUUGUUCAUAGCCUCGUUCCCCUCGACGGAAGGGGAGCGUGGGCCCGUCGAGAAUUACACCCUGUGGGCCUACGUGGUGCCCAAGGCGGAGACGCCCACGGAUCCCAAAGCUCUCUCGCCAUCACAGCUGUGUGACAUGGCUCUAUCCGGUGUUCAAGGCUGGGCGGCACCGCUGGUAACCGUGGUCAGGGAUGCAGAUCUCUCGACAGUCUCCCCAAUAGUCCUGCGCUCGAUGCCUCAUUUAUCUCCGUGGGAAACAAACAGCGUAUCGCUUCUCGGUGACGCGAUCCAUAACAUGACGCCCAUGGCGGGAGUCGGAGCCAACAUUGCCCUUCGCGAUGCUCAGGUCUUGACCGAUCUCCUCAUCGACGCACAUCGAGGCAGCACCAGCAUCCUGGAUGCUCUGGCAACAUAUGAGGAUAGGAUGAGGCAGUAUGCGAAUGCGGCGGUGGCACUUUCGCGGCAGAUUGCUGAAGGCGCGAGUUCCAGUCAGAGGAUACAAAGAUGGUUGUUCCAUUUUCUGCUGCGGUUGGCGCAGGCGAGUCCGGUGGUGAUGAGAGCAACGAUCGGCAGAGGAGCUUUGGCAGACUGA